GCAUGCCAGGCAUCGGUAGCUGGCAUUACCUCAAAGUCACGUAUGAGUUGUUAGAAAGGAAAAAAUUAAGAUCUCGACAGAAAAGAUAAGGUUGCCUGAAAAGUGUCAUGCAAUGCCUAUUUAUUUCUAGUUACAGACACAUUCUAUACGAUACCUGUACGAUUUUGAUGUACAAUUGUCCAUUUGUCUACCCUAUAUUUUUCUCAUCAGCCUCGGAAAAAUGGAUGUAACUGUCACAGAUUCGGUGCUUGUUAAGCCUGUAAAAUCCACUCCACAUCACCAACUUUGGGUCUCAAAUAUUGACUUAGUUAUGCUUAGAUGUCAUUCUGCAAUUGCUUAUAUUUACAGAAGGCCUCCCACCAAUGGAGAAUUGGAUGUGGGUCAAGUACUGAAAGACGCGCUUUCUAAGGUGUUAGUGGAUUUUUAUCCGCUGGCAGGCAGACUGACUGUAGAUAACUCUUGUGGUAGAAUUGCUGUGGACUGUAAUGGAGAGGGCGCUCUGUUUGUGGAAGCCGUGAACGACUCAGCAAUCGAUGAUUUUGGGGAUUUCACCUCCCCUUCACAACUCACCACUUUGGUUCCCUCUGCUACUUACCACAAUGGCUUCACUAAAUCUCCUCUGCUUAUGAUUCAGGUAACCAAGUUCAGAUGUGGAGGGGUGGCUUUAGGAACUGGGAUACAACAUAUCUUAGCAGAUGGUGUAUCUUCUCUACAUUUCGUGAAUAGCUUUUGUGAUGUAGCUCGUGAAAUCCUCCCAGAGUGA